CAACGAUUGUUUAGCCUCGACAAUAUCAUUGUUCCAGUAUACAAAUACUUCAACAGUGUACAUAGUCUGGUGAUCACGUUACCGGGAAUUGUAAAUAUUAGGCAGUGAUUCUUCUCACAUGACUUCAUUGCACACUGUGUAUUCACGACAAGGGGUUUUAUAUAGUUGAUACAAAUAGCAUGCAAGGUCAUUAACACUUGUGCAUGCGUUGUAAACAUCUGGAGGUGUGUGAUUGUUAACUAUAAUCCCAUAUUCGUGUAGUAUUUUCCUGCCAUUGACUCCGUGGCAUAUAUAUUAAUAUUAUAUGGAGUUUGGUAGGAUAAUAUAAUGUCUAAGUCGCAGUGACGUUUCAGGAGAAAUCGUAUAACAAUGGCAAACUGGCGGAAGGGAACAUCAGUUUAUGUUUGUGAUUAUAUUCAACCACACAACGCCACACAUGGCUAUCCCCAGACAAGAUGGUAUACAGGAUAUCAAUGCUGACCUACUUGACGAUGUUUCGAACCACCCACCACCACGUCCUCCAAGAAAACCAUUGACAACUCAAGGGAAGCUUACUGAAUAACAACAUCUAACUAGAAAAUCAAAUCCCAGACUGCCAGAAACCGUGAACUUAAUGACCUUUCCAAACGGCAAUGAAGACACAAAUCAAUUAGCAGAAAGCUGGGAUGUCUGCACUGGAAAUGCAUUCGAUAACAUCAUUCCAGAAUGUACCCUAUUACACCUAAGUGGCAGUUGUGAAACCGACGAAACACACCAUAAGUUUUACUCUGGAUUAUAAACAAACAUGUCCGACAGCCUUGACAAGUAUUUUAUUGGCGAUUUGUUCAAGAAAUCUUCUGAUUUGGAUUCAGACACAAGACCCAGACUUUAUACACCUGAUUUUAGUACAUGUAGCGAAAGUAUUGAUGCCUUACAACCCGCAAACAGUGUCGAUUUACCAACACUGCCGAGAAAAAGACAUCAAAAUCAAAGUGACAGUUUUGAAGUCAUAGAUUCUACGGAAUCAAUAACGCGUUUCAUGAAUACACCGUCACAGUCGUCAAAACUUAACGCGAUGGAGAAUCCAUCGGACUCGGCAAGUUCUGUAAGGUCCGGUGCGUUUUUUGAUGGCUACUUCCAAGUUAAUAGUAUCUAUUCAUUAGAUGAUAAGAAUCCAAUAAGCUCAAUGGAAACCAUUCAGGAUAGUGACACUAAAUCUGAUGAACAGGACGAUAUUUUGGAUACGCCUAAACUUAGACAACAAGACUUGUAUUUAAAGCUCAGAGAACUGGAAAACGAAAUGAAACAAAUAGAACAGCUUCAAAAAGAUAUAAGUUCAAACAAAGCUCCAGGACUACUUAACAUGCAUCAUCCUAAAUUGUCUUUCCAGCGAUCUGUGAGCGAAAGCGAUAUAUGUAAUUCCAUGGAAUUUGAAGACAAAAUGGAAGGUCUGGAUAUCAAUAAUGAAUUAAAUGUAAUCGAACCUGAUAAUCAUGAUAUAAAAAAAUCCACGAGCAUAGACGAUAUCAACAAGAGGACAAAAAGAGACAGAUCAAGUACACUAUUACAUGAUCAACCUGAUAUCAGAGCAUCGUCAAGCUUUGGAAAUAUCAAAACAAAGGCCACAGACCUGUGGGGUAAAAUAACUAAAUGCGAUAAAGACACCUCUGACGAAACAUCUCAAAAGCUUGUAAUCAAAGUAGACGCCCGGGUGGAGCUGUCAUGUCCAUGUGAAAGAUCGUGUGGACCUGUUGAAAGGUUGGCGACAACACAAGGUGGUUACAUCUAUGUUUCCUUCAAAAAGUGUUCGUGGGUUUCUUUGUACAACAAUAAACACGAGAGAGUGUACCAGUUUGAUACACGUGGUCGUGUGGAUAGUCUGGCGGUGUCUGCGACUGGGGUCCUCUAUGUCUCGUGUCCUCAUCAGAAGAAGAUUAUCAUGUUGUCAUCAAAUCAUCAGGUAUGCGCUAAAAACCUUGCAAUACCACUUUUUUGAAUGAUAAAUGUACGAUACAAUGAAUUUUAAAUGCUAUUUUCUUGUCUAGGUUGCAUGAAUAUUUUGUUCCUGUAUGCUGGUAAUUUAAAUUCUAGACUUCUGCCCUUUAUUUAUACUCUUAUUAUACCUAUCAUGACGUAUUUUUGUAAAAGCUUUCAGCAUUUUGUAGGAUA